GUCGUCGGUGAAUAAUUAUGGCCAGAGAUAUGCCGCGGGUUGCAACUGCGGAAGUAUUGUUUUCUUUCUUACUAUUUGCUUUUUUUAAUGUGGUAGAAAUCGUACAGUGGUCCCCGUAAUGCAAAAUAUUUUCACUAAACGUCGCUCGGCAACAGUAUUGGUAAUAAUAUAAAUAUCAAAGAUUAAAAUUACUCGGAUAAAGUGAUAUGUGGAAUGGAUUUUUAUCAGCUGGAAUUAAUUGGAACUUAAUAGAAAAAAUGGGUAAACCGCAGCGACAAUAAAAAACAAAAAUAAUCAUAGUAGUUAGUUAUCAUUCGUUAUCAGUGAAUGCCGGCAGGCAGGUGACGUGACGUUGACAACCAGCUCGUAUAAAACGGCGAUAUAUCGUUGACUUCAACUUUGAUACCACCCUCUUAGCAAUAUACGGAAAAUCGAAGAAAAUAAAGUUUGUUAAGAUGUUUGUGAGCUUGAAAAACAAAAUACGCGAGGAAACUGGCAGCGACGUUUCCACGGUUGUCAGAAAAGCUGGAAAUGUUCGUAACGUUGGCACACGGCACACGUCUCAGACCGGUUCAACUAGCAGUAUUAGCGGCUCUAUGGUAUCGCUGGAUGGUUCGAGAGAAGAGAAUAUGGUUUCGCCGACGCCACCCAUACAGCUUAAAAGAGAGAACAGUUUUGAAUAUAAACUAAGUGACGGUAUGCAAUUAUCGUCUAAGGACAUAAAGAGAAUUGAAAGCAGAGAAGAUGAGUGGAGGAAACGACUGGCGAGAAGAGAAAGCGAACUUGUGAAAAAGUUGGAAAAGAAAGAUGAAGAAUGGAAAGUCAGGCUGCAGGAGAGAGAGAAGGAAUGGAAAAAAUUAUUGGAUAAACAGGAGAAGGAGAAAUUAAAGCUUGAGGAUGAAAGAAAAAAAGCUGAGGAUGCCAGACGAGUUACCGAACUUGCUUUAAAAAAUGCUGAAGAGUACAAAAAAAAACUGUACAGCUUUCAAGAAGAUGCUGAACAGUUGGAGGGUUUUCAAACACAGGAAAUGGCAAAGAUUAAACAUCUUUUACUGGCUAAAGAGCAGGAGGUAGAAGAGAAAGUACAUCAUCUAAAGAAUGCAACCGCUGAGGUAGAGAGUCUCAAAACUGAAGUAUCGAGGCUCAGGCGUUACGAAGAUGAGUUGAAUAACGUACAGGACGAAAUGGAAACACUGAGACAUUCGACACAGCGUGAGAGAGCUCAACUGUCAAGUCAGCUGGCACAAACUGAAGAAGUAGUACGUCAUCUGAAAGACAAAGUUUUUGUACUUGAGCAAAGAGUUUCUUUAGAAACAAACGAUCAAACAAUAGAUGAACGAGUAGCAGAUUUGAUGAGGGAACGAACUUUGCUUGAGAGAAAACUUGAAGAAGCUCAUCUCCAUUUGUCAGAUAUUAAAACAAGUUGGUCAGGAAAAAUUUCAAGUCUUGAAACUCAGGUCGGAAGACUGAGUAGACAAGCUGGUGAGGAAGGUUUGGAAAGAAGACGAGUUGAACAGGAGAAAGAAGAGCUUCAUCAAAAAGUGAAACAACUCGAAGCUGAAAUAGAGGUAAACAAAGUUGUGAUGCAAACUAAAGAUGCAAAGCUUCUGCGAAUGGCCGAAGACAUCGAUGAGAUGGCCACGGAACUUAAAGAGCUUCGGGCCAAUGUCGAUGACGAGGUUGAAGAGUUUAAGCGUCAGAUUGAAUCGUCUUCGAGGGAAAUCAAGCAACUCAAAAAAGAUUUGCAGGAAGUUACAUCGAAGCACUCUCUUGCAACAACGGAACUCGCACAACUGAAGUUAUCAUUGGAUGGGGAAAAGACAAGCAAUGCUUCCUUACAUUUGGAGGUAGCUCGGUUGAGAGAAACAUUAGAAACUGAAAGAACUACUACAGCGAAGUUACGAAUAACUCUUGAAAAAGAACGGGAAGAAAAAGAUGUAGCUUUACUAAGGAAUGCACAAGUAUCGCAAGAUGUUGAAAUGGUCAAGCAAGAAUGUAGACGGCAAGAAAGUGAGAACAAUGAAUUACAAAGUCGUGUUAAUAACUUGGAAAAAACAAUAAAGACAGCUAACACUGAACUUGAGAAAUGCCAAACGCAACUCGCGGAGACUAGACUGAGGAUCGAAGAAUUGGAGACAAUGGAACACAGUAGAGAACUGGCUGAGGGUAACGAAAAAAUGUUGAAGAACAGUAUACUUGACUUAGAAGAUCAGCUCAAUGAAAAAUCAAAGACAAUCAAAGUUCUACAACAGCGGCUGGCAGAUAUGAAAAAAACUCUUCAGCGGGAGUUGAGGAUUCCGUCGUCUUCAUUGGACAGCGACGCAGAACCUACAGGGACAGCAACUGCAGUGAUAAGUCCAAGCUCUACCAAAACUGUUACACCACGUCAAAAUAAUUCAAGGGAAGAAGAUGUGAACUUCAAGUACCUGAAGCAUGUUUUGAUAAAGUUCCUAACAAGCAGGGAAUACGAGGUACAUAGCAAGACUUGUUGGAGUGUCAAAACGAGAUCUGUGAAUGAACGAAAUUUAAUUUACUUUGUUCGAUCUGAUGAAAUAUAUUUGAAUUUUUAUUUAUUUACCUUAGGCUCUGCACUUGACCAGAGCAGUUGCAACUCUACUCCAUUUUUCCCCGGAGGAAGAAAAACUGCUGCAGGAAACUUUGGAAUGGAAAAUGUCGUGGUUUGGAAAUCGUCCAAAUUUGGGAAUUGGCCAAACAGCAAAAGCGAUACCACCAAGUUGAUAGUUGGACUGAAUAGUUGAAAAUCUAUAAUUUUUAUGUCGUCUACAGCGGGACAAGAUAUCCCUGAAAAUUCACAAUAUUAUGAGACCGCGAUGACAUUUAAUAAGAUCUUGAUAUGAAACAUGAAAUAAUAACACUGAUGAUAAUAAAGUUACACAAAGAGAGAGGUAAUCUGUCUUUGCAUGCAUUUAAUUAUGAUGUAUGGCAACCGGUUUUAUGAAUUAAGAAGAGCGUUGAAGAGAAUUUACCUCGAUGAAGCUCGAUAAUAAGUAUUAUAUUAUCUUGAACAAAUUACUGACACCAAUGCUCUGUCUAUACAUAUUCAAAUUAAAAAUUAUUCACGGUAUGUAAAGGGUUGCCAUGUUAAAAAUGAAGGAAACUCAAGGUAUCAAUGGGACAGAAUUACCUUCACUAGCUUAGUCAAGACGGUGUUAUAUAUGUCAUAUUGGAAUAUUUUUUAGAAAAUGUGUGUUCCUAGAGAAUUUUUUUACUUACAUAUUACAUCAGUUUGUCAGAAUUUUGUAAUAUAAUCAACUAAAAAUAAGGUCCUGUCAUCCAUCGCCACUCACACCUUAACACAAUCAAACUAUAAAAGGCACACAUUCCGGUGUUGAUUUUUAAUAACCGAUGAUUUCUAGAUCGUUAAUGAAUUGAAGAAAAAAUUUUUACUUCUAGCACUGUUCAAAUAGUGGAUGUCAUUGUGGAUACCUACAAUAUUCGAAAAGGAAUAUCAUUACAUUUUGUGACUGCAUUCACUUUGAUAUUAUAUUAUUUGACAAUAAUAUUAACUCAGAAGAUUAACAAAAAAUGUUUAAGAAGAAAAAAAAUGGAUUUCGAACAACGAAUUGUAAUCGAAGGAUUGUAUUGUUUUAAAUUGUAUCUUUGUAGUUCACGAAAGCAAGUUUGGGACUUCAGAUUUUGAAUUUAAGUACUCAAUAUGCUUGUAAAUAAUAAAUUAAAUAAUUGCCAUUGAUAUCCUGAGUAUGAAUUGGUUUAGAGUUUACUGUGAAGAAUUUCAAUCACUUCAUUCAACAUUUAGCGUGAAACAUUUCAAUUAUUUGAUAUAUUAUUGGUGAACAGAUGCAUUGACUGUGCCUAAUUUUCCAUAACUUUUGCGAUUAUGACAGUGCCUAGCUAGUUCAAGAAGACCUUUUCCAGUUAGAAUGUAAAGUAUGAAUGAAAUAAUAUUAAUAGAAUAACACAUUCCAUACCAUUCUCCAGUUUAUUAUUAAUAUUUUUAUUUGCCAUUGACUCAUAUGUGUCUUGAUGCUCCAUUUGUCUUACAGUCACCGUAUCAACACAUUUACGAUUAACACAUAUUCCCUGCUGUAUUUGAUUUAAUGUGCAAUAAAACGCGUUUUUAUACAGAUCUACCAUAAUGAGUCAAAAGAGUAUUGUUAAUUAAUUAGAAUAACAAUUAGUAUGCGUUACAUA